CGAGGUAGGUAAUUUCACUCACACAGAAGCAGCAGAGAGCAGAAUAUAGGAAAAUACUGAUGGCGUGGUGCGCCGCCGCGAGGAGUUUCCAUAUUCCGGCAGUCGAUGUAGGUUCACUUCGCUCUAGGGCUCCAUUGGCCGUCGGUGUAGGCUGCGUAUCAUUGGCCGGAGCUAACCUCCGCCGCGCAGCUCGAUCGCCGCCCUUCGCCUCCUUAGGCAUCUCCACCGAUGCUACUGCAAGUGUAAAGGAAGCAGUUCUAACGGAUAAGGCUCCAGCGGCAUUGGGGCCGUAUUCUCAAGCCAUUAAAGCAAAUAAUAUGGUGUUUGUGUCUGGUGUUCUUGGACUCGUUCCGGAGACUGGGAAGUUUGUCUCUGAUAAUGUGGAGGAUCAAACCGAGCAGGUACUUAAGAAUAUGGGUGAGAUACUUAAAGCAAGUGGUGCCAGCUAUUCCUCAGUUGUCAAGACAACAAUCAUGUUGGCUGAUCUGAAGGACUUCAAGAAAGUCAAUGAAAUUUAUGCUAAAUAUUUCACGGCACCUGCCCCAGCUCGCUCGACUUACCAGGUUGCUGCACUGCCAUUGGACGCAAGAAUUGAAAUCGAAUGCAUAGCCGCACUGCCACAAUAGCACCUCUUGGCGGUUGACCAAAAUCUGUUGACUAUUGUUCAACUAAAUAAAUCUGGAAUUAGGAUAUGAAACCCAAUUUUCUUCAAGAAUCAAGUUACGGGUUUUCCUCGAGGAUUUUCUGAACUUGUAAUUUUACCGUUUUGGGGAUCGGAUUACCUUUUUUAUUUGACGGCCACACCUGAAACUUAUUUCAUAUUACUCGUUAUUUAUUUUCU